GAACAAGAACAACAGGAAAAAACUGGGGUCAAACCAAGUUUCAACAAAGUUUAUUUAGCGCGGUAUCCCGGGCACCGUGCUAAACGCAGGGAUUAAAAAGAUGAAAGAGGCCCUGCCCUCAGGGAGCUUACAGUCUAACGGAGCAGGCUUCACGCAAACUGCUACGCACAAGGCAGCUGUACACCGGGGAUCAAGGCGAAGGCACCGGCAUUAGAGGGGCUCGGGAAAGGCCUCCUGGAGAAGGCGAGACCUGGAAAGAAGUCAGGGGAAGUGAUGAGGCAGAGAGAGGGCACUGCAGGCAUGGGAAAGCCCAGCCAACGGGAAAUGCCUGGAGUCAUGUUCGAGGGAACAAGAAGGCAAGAUCAGGCUUGGAAGAAAGUCCCUUCCACGUCACUAUGCCGAAUGGUGUACAAAGCGCCAGAAGGGAUGAAGCACUAACGGAAGAGAUCAGUGAGGCCUGCGCGGAGGAAGAGGGCUUUGGAGAGCCUGUGGGCGGCCGCUGGGAAUGGGAGGAUAUGACGCCUAGGAGCUUGGGCCCUCCGCUGCCCCAACAGGCGCGCGCAGGAGUCAGCCGGCAGCAGCGCAGGAAGGGCCUAGCGCCGCGAAGCCUUUUGGGACUUGUGGUUUUUCCGCUCCCGCGGCGUUCGCGCGACUGGGUCACGUGGUCACGUGCUUCCAUCGUCCCUGCCUUUCUAUGGCCCUGGAGGCCAAGUUUGAUGGAGGUCAGCCACUCGGUAAAGGAGCGCACUAUUGCUGAGAAUAGCCUGGUCAUCCUGCUGCAGGGUCUCCGAGGCCUGGUGACCACAGUGGACCUGCGGGAUGAGACUGUGGCCCGUGGCCGAGUGGACAACGUGGAUGCCUUCAUGAAUAUCCGCCUGGCUGAGGUCACCUAUACAGACCGGCAGGGCCAGCAGGUCCAGCUUGAUGACCUCUUUGUGACUGGUCGCAAUGUCCGCUAUGUCCACAUUCCCGAUGACGUAGAUAUCACUACCACCAUCGAACAGCAACUUCAGGCCAUCCAUCGGGUACGCAACUUUGGCAGUGAGGGUAAGGGCCGAAGGGAAUUUCCUACCAGGAAGUACAAGUGAAAGAUACUCUCCCUUCACUCAGAUUCCUUUUGAGCCCUUGGCCUUACAGCUUUAGAUGGCAGUUGCUACCCUGCUUUCUGAUAGCCCGUUCUUCCCCAUCAGGAUGCAGACCACAAGGAGAAGGACAGGUUCAUUCCGAAGCCACGUUUGCCUUUUACAAUCCCAGGAUUUGAUCUAGGUACCCAAAAUCUGGUAUGUCUGUAAUCUUGGAUGAGUUGAAGACCAUUCCCCAUGCUUCUUGACCAUUGGGGUGUAGCUAACUGAGCAGUCAGACCCGUCAAGUUCCUCGAUUCUGUAUUAAAGGGUUAAUUUCAGCCAUUUUUAA